ACUCUCUUUUGAUCUUCUAUUUUUGUAUUGUUGAAUUUGACUCAUGAGGUAUAAAAAUUCCAUUGAUUUUGCAUGAUUCUGCUGAAUCCGGAUUUGAGCUGUGUUGGGUGUUUAUUUGUUUAUGAUUCUUUGCCUAUGGAUUGAUUCGAAUCAUUUGGGAAUUGGGGUGUUGAAAAAAACCCUGUCUUGUGCUUCACGGGUAGAUAGAAUUCUGGUCCUCGAUCUUAUGAUUAUCUUGCUGAAUUAUGCUUCCUUGGUGAGUUUCUUGGUUGCUAGGAAUAUUGGGAUUGGUGAUGUUUGAGAAUUCAGGAAUCAAAGUGGUGGAAUGGAAGAAUUUGAUGUUGUGUAUGAGUCAUAUUUCUUCGCAUGGAGGUUUCUUAACAGUAAAAAAUGGAACCAGCUUGGAUAGUCUUUGAAUUUGCCCAAGUUUUGUGUAGGUUUCGUUAAGGAUCUUGUAGGAUUGUUAAACACUUGAUAUCAUAAUGGAUGUGAAAAUGGGAAAGGUUUGAUCAUUGUUGCAAUGAUGUGAUUGUCAACGGAUAGCAACUUAAUUCAUGUGAAGAUUUAUUCAUUAUUUUCUGAAUCCUAAAUUUGAAUUUACUGGGGGAGCAUGGAGAACGCGUGUGAUGUCAAUCAAUUGGAUGCUGAUGUUCUUUUGCCACCGCGGAAGCGGCUUCUUGCUGGAUUGAAGAAACAGGGUUCGGAUAGUGAUGCUACUGCCUCUGCCUCUGCCUCUCCAUCUCCAGUUGCUGCUUCUUGUGUUACCGAUGUCGCUUCCCCUUCAUCCUCAUCAUUUUCAAGUGAAUUUGAAGCCCGACUGAAGCAUUUGUUGAGUUGCCAUUCGAACAACCCUAACCUGACGCCUGAGGAGAUCGUGGAGGCCUCAAAAGCUGCAGCAACGGUUGCAACUAAAGCUGCAGAGGCUGCAAGAGCAGUUGCUGAAGAAAAAGCUGCAAGAGCAGCAAAGGCAGUUGAGGCAGCCAAGAGGGCUUUAGAUUUGGUUGCAUCUUUGUCUGAGGAGGCGGCCGGCAAGGAAAGAAAUCUGAAAAAGAACAAGUCAAAGAAGCAUCUCCCAGUUCAACUGUUGUACAAGAAAAACCAGCCAGUUGAAAAUUGUAGGACAGAUGAAGAACUAGCUCGUAAAUUGCAUCGAGCCAUGAAUAGUUCUCCAAGAAUCUCUAAGAACUCUCCAAACUCAGACUCAAAGGGUAGUAAACAUAAGAAGCCUAGAAGCUCUUCAAGUUUGGAAAUAUCUGAGGGCACUGAAUCUGGUGUGGCAUUUGGACAAGAUUGCUUAUCUUUGAACAAUGAACAUGCAAUAGCAGGCAAGAUUGAUUCUGAAGGAUCCAUCCAAGAGGCAUGCUCAAGUAAGAAAGAUAAGAAGGUGGUUAAAUACGAUAGACCUAGUCGAGUAGAGAUAGAUAACAGGGAAGCCGAGUCAAGCAUGUUGAAAGGGAAAAACUGUGAAGAUUCAUCUCCCAUAGGUAAGAAGAGAGGAAGGGUGAAGCUAAAAAAGUUGCCCUUGAGCAUUUGCACCUCAAAAGAUAGGGCACAGCCAAAGGAAGAAAUAAGAGCCAGAAGUUCUCAAAUGACUGGAAUGAACACAGGUAAAAACCCUGUUGAUAGUAGGCCGUUGUUAACAGUGGAGCCAUCCACUGAUAGAGUGAUGCCUAUUGAGGCUACAUCAAUGUGGAAAUGCCAGGAUUUCAAGGCACCAGCAUGUAUCAAACAAAAUAAAGCUGUGCAGUCAUAAAAUUCAUAUAUUACAUUCGGAUGAAUAUGUGUUACUGUGAUAGAUGUUGAUAGCUGAGGUAGGAAUCAUGAUGCUUCUUUUUUACAAUAUGGAAUUUUUAUCUUUUUGUUCAUCUUUUGGUUUUGUAAUGGAUUUGCUAUGAUUAAAUGUAAAUUUAGAUUUUUAGUCGCUUGCAAUACUUCUUUCAGAUUAGAGUUGUGUUCUUCAAUUGACAGAAAAUUGAGUUUGAGUAUAGAUAGGAGGAUGCAAUGAAUUGAACAGCUUUUCAA